AUGUUCCUUUACGGCAGUUCUCACCUACUGGGUCUCCUUCAGCGGGAACUGCAAAGGCGAAUCGGAACACUGCCUCUCGUGGAAACGGCUCUGGUGCAGGGAGAAGACCGAGACGCCGAGGUCACAGAGUGCUUGCUGGUGCAACCAAAGUCCCUCUCCGAAAUUUCCCGCUCAGUUAGGGCGGCCAAAACAAUGCGCCUAAAUAUUCGCGCCAGAGGCCGAAGCACCAGUGGCGUUAACGGUCUCUACGCUGACCAAUUUACCUUGUUGGUCGACUGUCAGACCCUCAACGAUACACCACGCAUCGAGUUAACAACGGUUAUUGCGGAUAAGGAGAUGGAGGUAGAGGUGCCCUGCUUACGGGUCUUGGUCAGUGUGGGCAUAGAUGAACUGCUCGACUUCCAGAUCAAUAACAAAAUUGAACUCGCGCAGCCAAUAGACGAAGGUCUGUCUCAGGGAACUGUGGUCGGAGCCCUGGUCUCAAAGUACCCUCUCGGCGAGUGGGGAAUGGAAAACAAGUCACAUCCGUUUGCGGAAAACAAGAUAUUUUGCAUUCGCGUUGUGGACUCAAAAGGUGACCUCUAUGAAUACACUGGCGAACAAGAAGUUAACUACUGUAAAGCUAGUUUGGGGAUGUUAGGCAUUGUGUACGACGUUUUCCUAGAAUACCACCCGAUAUCGGUGUCGAAGGUAAGGGCAUUCUGGUGUCAAGUAAAAUACUUACUCACUUAAAAAUCUGACAUUUUUGUGUUUUGUGUAAGUAUUUACGGUAGUAAAAAGUCCUGCCCAACUGAGUUGUCAAAAAACUUCCGGGCUGCAAACAUUCAACGCAUUUGGUCAACUUUCUCGUAGGUUUCAUCUGAGAUUUACACAUGGAACAGUCUGCUGUCUUCGGAGCUUCUUCAUGAACGUCUUACGGAAAGCUCCUUUGUAGAACUCCUCUACCUGCCCUACAAUUCCAUCAAACUGGAUGAGCCGAGUGACGACCGGAUGAAACAGUGGAGUGCACAAGAUGAUGAAGUGCUCUUGCGAUGUGGUAAAACCGCACUCAACCGCCUGGUUGAAUGUGAUCCUAUCGACUCAGUUCACAGAAAACAAACGGCCACCUUGGAUCCUGUGGUCGGUCCACGUGUGCGUGAGUUCUUUGAACGACCAGAGGAGACGCCAGAACUCCUAGCAAAGGCAUUUGUGCACGUGAAAAGGGGAGUAGAACGUUUUAGGGAAGUACAGCAAUAUACACCGUGGGCUAUGAAUAUGGUGAAAAUUCCAGACGUACCCACGAACUCGCUCCGCCUAAGUAUGACCACUGGAAGUGAUCUUAAAGAAUUUAAGACGGUAAGGAAAAUUUGA